CCGGCUGCCCCGCAUCUCCGGGUGAGGCCAGGUCUGGGUCUGCAACAAGUCCCUCCGCCUUCGGCUCCCGGCGCGCCGCGGCCCGCGCAGCCCGCUCCGCAGUGCCAUCUUCUCGUCCAGCCCACUACCUGGUGCCCACUUCUGGGCUUCCCGGCACGGAGGGUGGUGGGGUCCGGGUGGCACUUUUUGUUUUUAAUUCUCCUUUCUGAGGAGGGGGCGUGGCAGGGAAGGAUGAGAAACUCCAUUCUUCUGUUCUUCUUCUGGAACGUCUAUUGUUGCUUUGCGGCGGGAAGCCCCACACCCGUGGGUCCUGAGGGACCACUGGAAGAUGAGCUCCAGAGACCCAAGGAGAUACUGAUUUCAACCAAACCCUCUGUGAAGUUUAACCUCCACACCUCUAAGGACCCAGAACAUGAAGGAUGUUACUUCUCUGCUGGCCACGAUCAGCUUUUAGAAGACUGUGGCUUCAACAUCACAGCCAAAACCUUUUUUGUCAUUCAUGGAUGGACGAUGAGUGGCAUGCUUGAAAACUGGCUCUACAAACUUGUAUCAGCUUUGCAGACAAGAGAGAAAGAUGCCAAUGUAGUGGUGGUUGACUGGUUGCCCCUGGCUCACCAGCUGUACAUAGAUGCAGUCAAUAACACCAAAGCAGUGGGACACAGUGUGGCAAAGUUGCUUGACUGGUUGCAGGAAAAGAAUGGAUUUUCACUUGGGAAUGUUCACUUGAUUGGCUAUAGCCUUGGGGCACAUGUGGCUGGGUAUGCUGGCAACUUUGUGAAAGGAACUGUGGGCAGGAUCACAGGUCUGGAUCCUGCUGGACCCUUGUUUGAAGGGGCUGACAUCAACAAGAGGCUCUCCCCUGAUGAUGCGGACUUUGUGGAUGUCCUGCACACUUACACACGCUCCUUCGGUGUGAGCAUCGGGAUUCAGAUGCCAGUAGGCCACAUUGACAUCUACCCCAAUGGGGGUGACUUCCAGCCAGGCUGCGGAUUGAAUGACGUCUUGGGAUCAAUUGCAUAUGGAACAAUCACAGAGGGGGUGAAAUGUGAGCAUGAGCGAGCUGUACAUCUCUUUGUUGACUCCCUGGUGAAUCAGGACAAGCCAAGCUUUGCCUUCCAGUGCACGGACUCCAACCGUUUCAAAAAGGGGAUCUGUCUCAGCUGCCGGAAGAAUCGUUGUAAUAGCAUUGGCUACAAUGUUAAAAAAAUGAGAAACAAGAGGAACAGCAAAAUGUACCUCAAAACUCGUGCAGGCAUGCCUUUCAGAGUUUACCAUUAUCAGAUGAAAAUCCACAUCUUCAGUUACAAGAACAGGGGAGAACUGGAGCCCACCUUCUAUGUCACCCUGUAUGGCACUAAUGCAGACUCCCAGACUCUACCAUUGGAAAUCGUGGAUCAGAUCAACCUGAACGCCACCAACACCUUCCUGGUCUACACUGAAGAGGACUUGGGUGAUCUCUUGAAGAUUAAACUCACCUGGGAGGGGACAGCUCAGUCCUGGUACAGUCUGUGGAAGGAGCUUCGCAGCUAUCUGUCUCAACCCAGCAACCCCUCCAGGGAGCUGCACAUCCGGCGCAUUCGGGUCAAGUCUGGGGAAACCCAGCAGAAAUUGACGUUUUGUGCAGAAGACCUUGAGAACACCAGCAUCUCCCCUGGCCAAGAGCUCUGGUUUCACAAGUGUCGAGAUGGCUGGCGAAUGAAAAAUGAAACCAGUCCCAUGAUGCUAGCCUGAGGGGCCAGACAGUCCUGCCGCACAGCGCGUGCGCCCAACCCCGCUGUCCAAGCACAAGGAGGAAUGUUACUGCUGAGACCCGGGGACAGAGCGCCCUCGCCUUCACCUGGAAGCCCGGGAGGCUCGUGCUUGCCAGACCCCCUUUCCUCUGUCCCCUACGAUGAACAUGACAGUGAAUUCUCUCAGGAGGGGCCUGUCACUGCGGAAGCUCCAGUUCCCAACUCUAGAUCAUUCUAACUCCAAACCGCCAGAGCCACGUUCGGAUUCGUGUGUCAGCACCGAGAUGCCCGGGCCCCUUCGUGCCUUUCCUAGCAGCGGGCUCAGGCUGGGGAGUGGCUGCGUGUGGUGGGCUGCAAGGGCCUGGCCACUUGGAGUUCGGUGGGAUACGUGGAUGGACACUGGCUAUGUCUUAGGCAUUUCCGCUGCCCCAGCUUGUCCUCUAAGCACACAGCGCCGGCUCUUCUCUUUUCCCGUUGUUUUCCUUUGGAGUACUUAAACUAAUUAGACAUCUCUAUCAGCCUCUGAUUUGGAACCCGAUGGGGUUGAGGUUCCUAGAGUUCCAUCCAGUUCAGUGAUCCAUGAGUACACCCGGGAGGGGAAAUCAAAGCAUGGGAGAGGGCCACAGGAUGUAAGAAUUGGUGGCCCGAGGCUUUAGGAGGUUCCAGCCUAUUUCUCCAUGGUUAACAGUGGUCAUUUCCUCAAAGAGCAAUAUGCUGGCCCCAGUGGUGGCUGAUUGCUAAAUGUGAUUGCUUUGAAGCAGUCUUUUUGUUCGGGGAGUUGGAAGAUGUGUUCUUUACCCAUUUCUGCAGAAGUUAAUGUCUGUCUGUCCACAGAGCUGGCUCUGAGAUCCCACACAGUGUUCUUUCUUCCUGGAAAUAUCCUGCUUUCCUAACAGUGCCUUAACUUCUUGGAAAAACCUCCAAUUCUAGAUUUUUUGUUGUUGUUGGUGGUACUAGGACUUGAACUCUAUGUGCUGUC